AUGUCUGCUCCUGCCAAUCUGUUUCCGGGACUCAACGAAGUUACGGAUGUGCUGGAAGAAAUGCCGCUGGAAGUGUCGCGGUACCUGACACUGCUGCGAGAAAUCGACGCCAAGUGUGUUCACACGGUUCCGGAACUCAACGGCACGAUACAAGAGUUCUUUGAGCAAGAGUCCGGGCUGGGUCCGCUGCAAAAGAUGAGCGGGCUGUUCCAGGACCUGAUGCCGUCGCUGGAAGAGAAAAUGCAUGUCUCUGCGCUUGCGUACGAGUCUGUUAGCAGGCUAACCGCGCGGCUGGAGCUGGCGUACGAGGUGGCCAUCAAGAACGCGGAGAUCCCCUCCAAACUGCGGCUGGGCAACGACAACCACCCGGCGAUGCACCUGCACCACGAGCUGAUGGCGAAGAUCGACUCCAAGACCAACAGCAAGUCGUCCCAGGCGUUGAAGAGCGAGUCGCGCCGGGAGGCCAUGGCUGCGCGUCGAACGGGCCCCGGCGCUGGGGCGGCCACCGCGGGGGCCGCCAGUGCGCAGGGGACGUAUGCUUCGCAACCGGCCACGGACGGCCGCAAGAGGCGUGCGGUCGGCGGACCCACCGCGGCGAGUGGGAACACCGCUGGCGCUGCUGCGCUUGCUAGCACCCCGACCACCACUACCACGGCCACGGCCACAGUAGACAUAAACCCGGCGCCGGAGAAGCCGCACUCGCUCUCGUACGCGCACGCGCACGCGCACGCGUCGUCGUCGUCGGCGGACGCUAAGCGGCGUAAGCGCAAGCCCGUGGCGAAGGAGGACUACACCCAACGGCCCAAGAUCAACGAAUAUGGCGAGGCCCUGUACUGCUACUGCAAUCAGGUCGCCUACGGCGAAAUGGUCGGGUGCGACGGCGACAGCUGCGUGCUGGAAUGGUUCCACUUGCCCUGCAUCGGCCUGGAGACGUUGCCCAAGGGCAAAUGGUACUGUGACGACUGCAAACGGUAG